GGCAGGCUGUACGCGACAUCACCGGGACUUUUAGAAUCGGUUUGCCUUCACGUGUGACCCGACAUGCCACCUAACAUGGAUUACUUUUACCACGAGUCGCGAGUCCCCUCCGCUUGUAUUCUGACCCGGGAGGACGAGCUGGACCCCGGGGUCAUCAGCUGCAUGCUGGUCGGAGACGGAGCCGUCGGAAAAACCAGCAUGAUCAUCAGUUACACUUCCAACGGUUACCCCACCGAGUACCAACAGACGGGUUUCGACGUCUUCUCCGGUCAGGUGCAAGUAGAAGGAUCUCCAGUCAAAGUACAACUUCUGGACACUGCCGGACAGGAGGAAUUUGAUGAACUGCGAUCGCUGUCCUACUCCCACAUGGACGUCUUCCUUCUGUGCUUCAGCAUGGUCAAUCCCACCUCUUUUCACAACAUCACCAAGAAAUGGGUUCCAGAGAUCCGGGCCUACAACCCGAGCGCACCCAUCGUCCUCGUCGGGACUCAGUCGGACCUCUUACUGGACGUGAACAUCCUCAUCAACCUGGACCGCUCCAACGUCAAGCCGGUGCUGAGCUCUCGGGCCCGGAGCAUGGCGGACAAAAUCAGGGCGACAGACUACAUAGAGUGCUCGUCACUUACCCAGAAGAACUUGAAGGAGGCGUUUGACGCCGCCAUCUUCGCCGCCAUCAAGAACAAAGCCCGCAAGACCAAGAAGAAGCGGUUCUCCGACAGGCGCACCAAAGCGUUCUCCAGGUGUAGCUGGAAGAAGUUCUUCUGCUUCAUCUGACUGUUGACCUUGUGGGUUGUGAACAGAAUUGAACUUAAUGCAAAGCCCUUUGAUUCCGAUUGAUAUCAGAUCAUCCUCGGAUGACAAACAGUGCAGGAACUGAAGUUUAAAUGCACUGUUGUCAGCAGGAAAAAAAAGCAUGGCUUGUGUGUCGGCACCACUGAGAUUUGAGGCUCAACGUAAAUGAAAUUAAUUUGCAUGAUCCGGUUUGCUGCAGUCUGUAACCUUUAACACGGCGGCGAAGAGCACCAAAGUGCCACGGCUGUGUUUGAUGGGCAGCUUGUUGUCCAUUCUGUGAGGUGCCAAAUUCCUAAGUGAGUGUGAAAACGUCCCUGGCUGGUUUCUGCAGGUGCUUUCUCAUCUUCCAGUUAGUCAUCCGACAAUGUUGUCAUCUCUUACAUACGUUUUCACUGUCGUCAGCUGACACACAUUCAUGGAAAAAACAAUGACAGCAGGUCGAAUUGUUGAUGAGUCAGACUCAAUGUGUACAGGCAUGAUAUAAUACAUUUUAAAAGGGGUCCAAAGUGUAAAAUCAGCUUUUAUCCACCUUUAACAGUUAAACCUAGUUGGGUUGUUAUGCUAAAUAUCAACAUUCUACAAUUCUGUCUGUGCAUUUUUCAAAUCUGCUGCUAUCUGUGAAAACUGAGCUUCAAACAGCUCAUUUUGCACUUCUGUGACAUAUGUCACAGAAGAAUUUGAGACACGCCCACUGAGUGAGGGGUGUUCUUUUUAAAGAAAUGGACACAAAAAUUGUUUUGUUUUUUUUUCUUUUCAAGCUGUGUUUACAUAUUAGCGGUCAGAAGUUGAUGGACUAACAGAAAUUCCAUUCAAUUCAGAGGAAAAUUAGCCAACUUCUUUUAUAGCCUUCUUUUAUUAACUAAACCCUGACUAUUUUCGCGUCAAAAUAGACACCCAAAACAGUUUUACCACCUUUAUAAUAUUGUAAGAUAAAAUAUGGCAUGUAGUAAUACAUUAGCACAAAGCUAUGGGAUAAUGUAUUAUAUUUUAGCUUUUCAUGCUAAUGUGCAUUUUAUGAAAAUGCUUGAUAAAAACAAACAUAUUUCACAAGUAUGCAAAUAUGUAUGAUUAAGAACUUUUGCCACCUUAUAAUUUUAUAAAAUAAGGCAUUUGGAAAUAAGAUAGCACCAAGCAAAAUAUUCCAGGUAGUACACUUUCUGUUAUGGAAUGGUAUGACCAUGUCCAUGUUUUAGCUACAUGUAGCUUAGCCUGCUGAAGUGGAGUCAAUGAAAAAGUAUUAUAUUUUUAAAAGGCACAUGUAUAUAUUAUAAUAUUAAAAGUUGCUAAAACUAAGAAAGGAAGCUUGGAUUGAAGUUGGCCCUAUGAGUUGAAUGUUCCAGGCAAUGAUGUACGUUAUGUUGAGGUAUAUAAUCUUAGCAUGCUAAAAUGCAGACCAUGAAAAAAGUUGAUUUCUUUAAGAAGGAGUCCAUAAAUUAUUGAAUUAUUAGAUGGGUAAAGUUAAAUACUAAAACAAGGUGUCUUAAAAAAUGUAAUAUAAAAAGAAACUGAUCAUAUAUGAGAAGACACUUGGAAGGAAGCUAGUGCCAAGCUACAUGUUUUAGCUAAUGCAUUUUGUGUCACAGAAUGAUGAAUUUUAUAAGUUGCAGCUUAGCAUGCUAAAUUGGGGUUUGUAGAAAAAAAGUAUUUAUUAAAAAAAAAAACAUUUUAAGACAUGUUAAUAUCAGAGAAGAGGCUUCUUAAGAUGUUAACAUCAUGCUAAAUGCUCGAGGCCACCUAUCAUUGUGUAUUGUUAGCAUGGAAAUGUUCCAUCAUGGCCGCUAACAGCCUCGGGUCUGCCUCUGACUGACUGUUAAUAUGUAAAUGCAGCAUUAAUAUCUGUUUUCAAGACACCUGAUGAACUAUAUCUGCUUGGUAUGACCCCUCUAUAAGCUUUGCUCCUGUGACAUGAGUGCAAAAGAAGGUAAUAUUUGGCACACUGCAGCUAAAUAGCUAGCCAGGCUAGGUUAUACUUCUUGUAGAAGUCAGUUUAUACGCUGUUCUGUUUGUUUAAAACAGUUUGUCAUUUUAAUGUUGUCUGGAAAAUAUUAAACAUAUAUUUUCAGUACUUUUAUAUCAGUGUCAGUUUUGUAAAAAAAAUGUUCUCCUGCUUGGGUCUGUGAACUUUGAUAAGUUGAAGUGAUAAAUAAAUGAAGUGGAAUGUC